AUGGACCCCUCCUUUAAGCAUCGAGUUCUUGGCUGUAACUUUGCUCAUGAAUUUUGGAGCCGCCUUCAUACACAUUUUGCAUCCCAAACCAAGGCUUGCAUUAGACAACUCCAAUUGCAAUUGAAGUCAAUAAAAAAGGUGGGAUCAGCAUCAGAUUACCUUCUUGAAAUCAAGAAAGUGGUUAAUUUUCUUACUACUGUUGGAACUCCUUUAACUGAUGCAGAAUACACCAAUGUCAUUCUAGAUGGAUUAAAUGAAUAUUAUCAAUCUUUUCUCACCUAUGUUAUAGCAAAAGAUCCACCCUACUCUAUUCCUGAUCUUGAAACUCUCUUGAUGGCUCAAGAAGACAUUGUCAAGAGAUUCAAGAAAUUGAAUUCUUCUAUAGUGCAAGUAAAUUUUACUCAGUCACAACCUGUUAAUCAAAACAAUUCUGAUCCUAGCUUUGGAAAACACACAACAAACAUGCCUAGUAGAGGAACUUAUGGUAGAAUAGGUCUUGGAGGAAGAUCGCAACGUGGAGGCAAGGGUGCAUGGAACAAUUCUAAUCGUCCACAAUGCCAAAUUUGUGGCAAGCUGGGACAUGUUGCCAGUUACUGUUAUUUUUGA